AUGUCAAUCAAAAGUCAGACCAGACCUUCCAAGAGGAAGACAGAUCAAUCGACUGACAAUACGUCCGUCAAAAAGCUCAAACAUCAUCCGUUCCAUCAUGGUCCUGAGCACAGUAUCACCAUCAUUUCAGAUGACAAUAUCGGAUUCAAAGCUAGUCGUUCUCGUCUUGUACAGACCAGUCAAUUCUUCAAAGACCUGCUGGACAUCCCUGCACCAGAACAUGAGAAUCAAGAGCCAAAUGUUCGACAAACGAUCCCCCUGGACUUCAGGUCUUCCAUCAUUUCAACUUUUCUUGACUUGAUCAGUGUAUCUCAGAAAUACCCACCCCAGCUGGACUUUGUCGACGCCGAAGCGUUCUUAAAUUUCGUCGAGUACACCAUGUCCGAUGAUCUUGUUCCUUUCGCUCGUACAGCAUUAAAGGAAGUAGGAGCGAAAAAGCCAUUAGAGUUGCUGGUAAUCGCCUCAAAUAAGAAUGAUAUCGACUUAGCUAGAUUUGCAUUAGGUAAAAUCACUCCGGAGCAAAUUCACAAUUUGUACGGGAAAAAGUCUUCUGUUCAACUGUUAAAACCGGCGUCCGUGGACAAAUUGCAAGAAUACCUCAAACGUCUUCGUACUUCUUUUCAUCUAGAGAUCCUCUCAAGAAUGAUGCUUCCUGGAGAAGUCCGAGGGGCUCGUCAGGACUCACUUAGACCUGGUCUUUAUUUGGCGGACGACUGGACUAGUAUAGCCGAGAGUUUCGACCCAACGAGAUUCGAAGAAAGCUUAAGUGAGGACAGUACUUUGGAUGAUAGCGAUCAUCUUCAUCUGAACACGGAUGAGGAUGAGGAUGAUGGUAGCUUAAAUGAGCGUAGUUUAGAGUGA